CACUCCGCAGCCUCCGAUUGGCUAGGACCUCAUGGAUGGAAUUGGUUGCGGAAUGCAAAACUUGUUGCUGGUUCCCUGAACGCGUUGAUCUCACACAGCGCCAAGCGCCGGACAAGAGUGUGAUCUAUCUGUGAAUCGCUCCCAGCUGGAAUAGACCAAACCAGAGUCAGGAGCAGAAGGAGUGCGUUAUAUAGUGUGAGAGAGUGAGGGAAAGAGCCAAUAGAGGUUCCGCGCCUUAUGCGUGCUUGGAGGGCACAUGACCAGGACCAGUUGGACCAUGUUGUCAAGCCGCGGGUAGUGCGUGCCGGAAGCUCGGGGACACGGUGGCGCAAAAGCGACUUUCCUGAUAGCCUCAUGACUGGGCUGGAUUUUCCCUCCGGACUUUGUCGCAGACUUGAAAUUGUAGAAUUGUUAAUAGUGCAGUUAUAAGACAUUUCACCCAGAACUGUGGGAAAUUGUUUAUUUUGAUUUUACAACAACGACCAAUUAGAAUUGUACUUGUGCAGGUUGCCGGUUGCCGGUGGAUUUCUCAAGAAAGGGAUCUUGAAAGGACACUCCAAACUGUGCGUCCUAGGACAUUUGACAACAGCUGGAGUAAUCAAGUUGACGAAGAAAAUUGUUAUGUGUUUAUUUAAAUGUUUAUAAGCCUUGUGAUCUCUGUCAUAAAUUAGAUAACGGGUUUGAUCAAGUUUACAAAGAAGAAAUGUGCUCAGAAACUUUGGAAUAUGAUAUUAUAUCGAAGUCACAUUGCAAGUGAAAUAUAUUUUGUAUUAUUUGUAAACUAAUGGAAACCAAACGCCUGUAGAAAUACACGGGAACGAGCAAGGACAGACUGUUGUAGCCUAUGUGCGUGCUUCGUUGGACAAACGUGUAGUGUUCUCUCCCUUUUAUUUUCCUCGCAACACUUUAGGUGCAAAUUGGAUUUUGGAAAACACAAUGAGUACUCAUUGGGUGAGUGAAUAGAUUUAAGAUCCACUGUCUAAUUUUUAAAUCAGAACUUUUUAAGAUAUCAAAAUAGCCCAUCUGGCCUAUUGAGGCAUUUCUCAUCUCUUUUCGUUUUUGUCCUCUUUUUUUUUGUGUGGAGAAGAAGGAAAACUGAGGCUAAGAUAGACUGCCUAUGCCAGCUGAGCUGGCUGUCAUGCGGGAUUGAUAGCAGGGAAGUAUGUUUGGGCUGGAGCAGUUUGGUUCUCAGAUUAAUAGCAGAAACCCUGGCCAGUCAGAGAGAAACAUAAACCAGCCAAGACUGAACAUGAGCUCCCAUUACAAAAGCCCUGGCUUUCAUGCAGGAGGCCCGCCUGGUGCCGUGGAGCCGGGCAUGGGCCCUCUGAACGAGCCUCCGAUGCUUGGGCUCAAUAUGAACAUGAACGGUGAGCAGUAUGGUGGCUUUCAUCCCAGGGGCCACUCAGACAUGCAUGCUGGCAGUGGACUCCAGCAGCAACAGCAGCAGCAAGGACCCAUGCAUGGAUUUUUUAACAACCAGCAACCUCAUCAAGGCCAUCCCCAUGGCCACCAGUCUCACCCUCAUCAACACCAUCCUCAUUUCAGUGGGAACUUUGGAGGCCCAGACCCAGCCUCAUCCUGCCUGCAUGGUGGCAGGCUGAUGGGCUACAACAACAACGGCAUGGGGCCCCAGCAGGGCUUUGGAGAGGGGUUUGACCCCCUUGCUGAGGGCCAGGCAGGGGACAGCUUCUCCCAGCAGCAGCAGCAACAGCAGCAAAGAUCCAGUAACAUGCCUGACUUCCAGCACCACGGCCCCCCAAGCGGCAACCACGCUGUCCCUGCCCCCUGUCUACCCUUGGACCAGUCACCUAACCGGGCAGCAUCCUUCCAUGGUCUGCCCUCCUCCUCCUCUUCCUCCUCGGAGACCCAUGGUCUGGAGCCUCGACGGAUGCCCAAUCAGGGUGCUGUGGAGGGAUUAGAGUAUAAUUUCCCAAGCGAGCCCCCAACUGGACAUUUUGACGUACCUGUAUUUUCUCCAUCAGAAUCAGAGUCUCAGCUGCCCCACUUUGGGCCAGGAAGGCCGGUGGCCGGUGGCAGUUUCCCUGGAAACCCUGCCAUGGCUCGGACACCGGGUAUACAGGGCAUCUCCAAAGGGCACCAGCAGCCACCCCCACAGCCCCAGCAGCCUCAGCCUCCCCCACAGCAUGGAGUGUUUUUUGAGCGCUUUGGUAAUGGCCGUAAGAUGCCAGUGGGGAUGGACCCGGGGGUCAGUGCCAGACACACUCUCAUGCAGCAGCAGCAGCAGGCUGGUUUGAUAGCACGACAGAACUCAUGCCCCCCAGGCCUCCCCCGGCCUCCCCAGUCUGAGUCGGGCUCCACCAACACCAACAUGCUGGAUGGUGGCGUCAUGAUGCCUGGCCAACACAACCAGUUUGAGUAUCCUAUUCACAGACUGGAAAAUAGGGGCCWGCACCCCUAUGGGGACCCCAUGUUUAAUAUGCAACAGCCGGCUCCCCCUCCUCCCGCCCAACAGCCUCCGAAUCAGAGGCUGCAACACUUUGACAGUCCUUAUAUGAACAUGGCAAAAAGGCCCAGAUUUGAGUUCCCUAACGCACAGGGAGGAGAGAAUUGUGGCACGUGGGGUAGUGGCAUGCACAAUGUGCAGGGAAUGGAGAACCACCUCUCUCCCUCUGCCUACCCUGGCCUUCCUGGUGAGUUCACCCCACCUGUAACAGACGGUUUCCCCCCGGGUCCACUCCAGCAUGCCGGGCCUGAGCAGCAGUCUCUGCAACAGCGGCAGAACGCGGCCAUGAUGAUCAAGCAGAUGGCCUCUCGGAACCAGCAGCAGAGGAUGAGGCAGCCCAGCCUGCAGCAGCUAGGUCACCACGGCGACGUGCCUCCGGGCCCCAUGGUUCAUGGAGGCCCAGUGGGGAGCAUGCCUCAGCCCAACUUUGACAGGGAGAAUGGAGGCAGGAUGCCGAACUUUGAGGGUCAGAACCCUCAUAUAACUCAGGAGAACUGGUUCCCCGGUUCUCACCCACCAGGAGAGAUCAUGUCGCGGCGUAUGGGGGUAACGGGUGGGGAGGCUGUAGCCCACGACAUGGGGCUGCAGCAGAACGGAGYYGGUAUGAUGUUCAGGCCGGGCAUGAAUGGGAUGGGCAUGCAGGAGCCAAUGAGGAUACCUGGAGAUGGRCAYGUACAGGCYCUCCACUCYCCUSGYAUGCACCCCCMGUUUGGCAACAACAUGGGCAAYCUCUCCCARAUGCAGUCCCCCGGAGCYGGRGUAGGACACCCCAACGCACCAUCAGAGAGGCGGCCGACUGACUUCCCUGCCGGGCCUCCCAUGGGAUCUCAAUCAACGUUUCCUUAUGGAGGGGUUAACCGUCAGGGGGCACCACAUAGCAAUCCCCAGGGGGUGAACACCUCACCAGGGAGCUACCCUSCWCMRUCUGAGUUCCCCCCAGGCCAGCGRUCCUCUGUCAGUAARCUUGGGGCACUCUCYCUGGGGAACUUUAGCAAAACCAGYACUAAAGACAAUGUUUUYGGRCAGAGCUGCCUGGCGGCCCUUUCCACRGCCUGCCAGAACAUGAUAGCUAGYCUAGGGGCCCCCAACCUAAACGUAACAUUCAACAAGAAGAACCAAAAUGAGGGCAAGCGAAAACUGAGUCAGACGGAGCAGGACAUUAAUAGCAGCACAGYUAACGGGACYGGCAGUGCUGGUCCUGAGUAUUUUCAGAGYGGCACUUCCCAGAACAGCCAGAUGCCUGGCAMYGGGAAYAGCAACAUWAAGCCUGCAGGUCAAAACCAGACGCUGCAGGGGGAAGCCAGUGCCCUCUCCCCAAAUUACAACAUGGACGCUACCCCAUGCAGUGAGGGGAAAGCAGCAACAGGGAAUGGGAGAGGGAGAGGGAGGAGAAAAAGGGAUAGCGGGCAUGUGAGCCCUGGGAUCUUUUUUUCCUCUGACAGCGGAAACCCUGUUGUAAGUCCAGGCCAGCAACCCCCUUCAGCUGGCGUUGGGGAGAGGGGUGGGGGUACGCCCCAUGAGAAACCCCUCCCRUCCCCCUCCUGGGGAAAGGGAGRUGACCWKAUGCUGGGGGACCAGGCAGACCUGAUGUCUUCUCUGGACAGUGGCAUUCAGAGUGUCACCAARUCUAACAGUARCUCACCGCRCRURGAYYUUCCUGAYGAUGUCAGYRCCCACUACGKCAAYGAGGAUGAGGUGUCCUCUAGCUCAGAUGCAGGAGGUGCUCCUGYCWCCAAGCCCAACCGCAGYCCGCACAUCACCGKYUCACCCAAGCUGCARAGGGGGGAACAKGGCCUGAUGAAUGGGCAGAAGCCCCURGGCAUGCAGGRCAUCACCAAUCACACUACCUCGACACCCGACAGCUAUGGACUGAGUGCUGGUGKGGGSACRGKKGGCAAYGGAGUCGGUCACCCRGGCACACCUGGGAUGGAGCAGGUACGCACYCCAUCCAGCACCUCUGGCCAGGAYGASAUCCAYCCUCUGGAGAUACUGCAGGCCCAGAUYCAGCUGCAGCGSCAGCAGUUCAGCAUCUCAGAGGACCAGCCCCUGGSCAUGAAGAAUGGYAARAAGAGUGGYGACUGUCYCUCACAGAAYGRAGACAAUGAGCUGGCGAGCUGCAGCCCGGAUGCUGGGAAGGGCUCAAUGGGCACUAUUGACCUUGACACUCUGAUGGCAGAGCAGACACGCACCUGCAUUGCUGUGUGUCAGCAGAGAGCCAGGGGAACGCUUGGCUGCCUAUUCAGGCCGGUGUGGACCCUGCUGUGCCCAGCUACCAUGGGCUGUCGGCGGGUGCUAGAGGGCACAGUGCUGGGGAUGGGAGUGGGGGAGUCGGAGCUGUCUCAGAGUAAGGCUGGAGUAGGGGUGGGGGCCCMGGGGCCCGGAGGGGGCAAUGGGGGGAGCCACCUGCAGUGCCUGUCCGUCCACUGCACAGAUGAGCUCGGGGACAGUAAGGGCCGAGGGGGGACCGUCUCCUCCUGGCGCUCCCUGCACUCCGACAUCUCCAACCGCUUUGGGACCUUUGUGGCGGCCCUGACCUGAACACAACCAGGCCAGGCCAAGAGAUGGAGGGAACAUCGGAUGAAGAGAGAGGGAGAGGGAGAGUCAGAGUCAGUGGCAGAUGACAACUAUGAAGACAGCAAUGAUGAUGAUGACAUAAAGGUGUUGAUGAUGAGGCUACUGCAUCGGCUCUCGCCUGUUCAGGGAGAGAAAGACAUAUACACACCCAUACACACUCGUACACACACAUCAACACAUACACACUCAUGCUCGCAUACACACUCACACACAAACACACUCUUGGACACACACACAUACACACUCACUCAUGCAUCGCUGGACUAUACAGCUUGGGCUCUAGUCAGUGGUGACCACAUCUGGAAAACCACAAAUCAAUCUAUUUUUAUUUUAUUUUAUUUUUAAGAAAAAAKGAGAAAUGUCAAUGGAGGAAAAUAAAAAACUAAAACUGAAGAAACAAUAAGACAAAAUGACCUUGGCUGUAUUGGAAUAUCAGUGUUGAAUCUCUGUUUGGUUAUAUUCUCUAGAUAUGAAAAUAGCCUCAUAAUAUUUGGGACCUUUGUGAUCAUCCUCACCACUAGAGCUGUCCCCUGUACCUUUACCCUCUAGCCAUGGUUCUCUCUGCGGCCUGGAGAUGGUACUACCCACUAUGCCUGCCCCAGACUAGCGUAUAGAUCACUGAGCCCAGGCCUCGGUCUGGCAGAGCCACCCUGACCCAUACUGACCCGUUGAGGGACUUUAGUGGUCUUUGUCAGCCAGAGUAUGGAGGAUGUGUGAACCAGCCCUUCCCCCCUCCCAUGGCUCUCAGGGGUAUAGAGGGAGGAGAGCAGCCCUGUCACCAGGACCUCUCCCCUCCAACCAAACCUCAGGCCUGGGAAGCCCAUUGUCAGCCAGAGACACAGGRACCUGAUGAGAAUUUGGCSCUUUGAGACACCRUACCUCACAGCCUCAGCAGGCUACCCUCCUCAAAUGAAAUCAAGAUCCUGGUUCAAUAGAUCUGACCUGAACCCUGAAGCAGGGGGAGGGAGGGAGAUGGAGAGAUACAUUGUUUGUUUUUGGGGUUGGAAAAGGUAUCAGCAAAAGGAAUUUCUUUAUACAUAUUCCUCUCGUUCACUUCCUUCCUCUUCUAUUGAGCUUGGGCUCCAACACAGGUAUACAAUACAGCCAAUGGAAAUAGUAGGGGAUGUCAAAGAACAAUUUAAUAAGGGAAAUUWAAAAAAAAAUAUUGGUAUUGCACAUGUAAAAUAAGAGAACAUUUGCUGUGUGUUAGGCAAUCUUGUAAUCUUUAAAUAAAGCUUCUGUUGGAUUUGAAUUUCUGAAACAAUAGAUGGAGGACUGUGACGGCAACGUGCGAACUGAGUUUCUUUUCUGUUUUCUUUUUUUAAUAAUAUGUAAAGUGCAGUCGUCUGUUUUCCUGCAUAUUGUAUAUAUCUGUAUAUGUUUUAUUGAGUAACUAAAUAACAAUAAAUAUGACGUUAAUGGUGAA